CCGGUGAACGCAGCCGCCACUCGGGGGCGCUCUACGCCCCCCCCCCCCUCUCCGCUGUCCUCAUGGCGGCCUCCGUGCCCUUGUGCCGGGGCGCGAUGCGCAGCGCCUGGACGCGAACUCUGCCGCGGCUUCUCUGCGCGGGGCGACGGCACGCGGCGGAGACGGCGUGCCACCACGGGGACGAGGUGGAGCCCUGCUACGACGUGGUGGUGUCCGGCGGCGGAAUGGUGGGCACGGCGCUGGCGUGCGCGCUCGGCACUGAUCCGGUGCUAUCUGACAAGCGGAUUCUCCUCCUGGAAGCUGGAAAGCCCAAGCAAUUUGGAACCCUGCCUCCCACCUACAGCAACCGUGUGAGCACCCUCAGCCCAGGAUCCAUCACGCUGCUUGACCAUGUCGGAGCCUGGGAUCAUGUGUGCGACAUGAGAAGCAAGGCUUUUAAAAGAAUGCAGGUUUGGGAUGCCUGCUCAGAUGCCCUCAUCACAUUCGACAAAGAGGACCUUGUAGAGGACAUGGGCUAUGUGGUGGAGAACGAUGUGGUGAUGGCAGCUCUCACAAGGCAACUCGAGACACUUUCUGAUCAUGUUAGCGUUCUCUACAAGACUCGGGUGGUGAAGUACGAGUGGCCGGACUCAUUGGCCGUCAUGGCUCCUGAGAAGCGACAGGAGGCCGAAGAAGGGCCUGAGUUAAUCGAAAAGAACAAGGAGGCAUCUGGGUGCUCGUGGGUACGCGUGACACUGGCGGAUGGACGCACCCUGCGGACAAAACUUGUGAUCGGUGCAGAUGGGCCCAACUCGAUGGCAAGGGAGUCGGCUGGCAUCCACACAGUGCGGUGGAAUUAUGACCAGUCGGCCGUUGUGGCCACUCUUCAGCUUUCAGAGCCAACGGAAAACAACGUUGCUUGGCAGAGGUUCCUGCCCACAGGCCCCAUCGCUAUGCUGCCGCUGAGUGAGCGGCUAAGCUCUCUCGUGUGGUCCACGUCACAUGAACACGCAAAGGAGCUUCUCGCUGCAGGCCACGAGGAAUUUGUCGACGCUGUCAACUCCGCCUUUGUGAGCAUAGGAAAUUGGAGCGAGAAUAAUCGCUCUGAGCUUGUGGACACGGCAAAUUCCGUGUUCCGCUCCCUGCUCAUGGUACUUCUGCCUUGGGGGACCUCAGUUCGUCAGCUGCCUCCCAGCGUGUCGGGUGUGGACCCAGCCAGCCGGGCAUCCUUCCCACUGGGAUUGGGCCAUGCCACAAACUAUGUCAGACCUCGCCUCGCCCUCAUCGGUGACGCAGCACACCGCGUUCACCCACUGGCGGGUCAGGGGGUCAACCUUGGCUUUGGAGAUGUUGCUUGCCUGCGCGAUGUGCUAAGCCAAGCCGCAUACGAUGGCAGCGACCUGGGCUCUCUGCAACACCUGAGCAAGUACGAGACAACCCAGCAAAGGCAAAACCUGCCCACCAUGCUGGCCAUUGACGGCCUCAAGCGACUAUACUCCACCACACUCGGGCCUGUGGUUCUGCUCCGCAGUCUGGGUCUUCAGGCCACCAAUGCACUGCCUUUUCUCAAGACCCAGAUCAUGGCACAUGCCAACCAAUAGCAGGUGAGAAGCAAGUCAUGGAAUUUGCACAGGACAGCUGCAACUUCAGUAAUCUCAGCUUUUAUUCAGUGCUCAACAGUGUAAUGUGGACACUUGUGUCUUUUUAAUAAAAAGACAAGACGAUGUGAUCAUUUCAAACAAUUUGGCUACUGCAGCCAAAUAAAAUUUGUUUUCUACGCAAUGUGGAAGCUACUUUGUUCCUGCCAUGUCGUGUUCACCAUGUUUAAAUGUAGAUGUUUACUUGGCGUUCACCUGAAAAAGAUACAAUAAAAGCAUAUUAAACACUA